AUGGACAAAAUUAGAGAGUAUGAUGAACAACAUAAUCAAUAUACAACUAUUGAUUCUUGUGAACCAACAACAAUUCUUUUAAUUGGACGGACAAGAUCCGGUAAAACAACAAUUGCUGAGGUACUUCAAGAUACACUGUACAUUCCACCGCAACCAGACCUCUAUUCAAGAACCAGGAGUAUUGUUUCAUAUAAUAUUGGAAAAAAUUUAAAAGUACUCGAUAUGCCAGGAUUUUUUGAUCAACAAAAUUAUAAUAAUAGAUCACAGCAAUUGUCAAAUAAUAAUAUUCAAUCAAAUAUUGAUUACUGUUUAAAAAAGGAAAAAAUUUCUUUAUUUGCAUUUGUAUGUAGUUUAGCAAGCGGUGUCAAUGCACAAGAUAUUCAAUCAAUGAUCGCUGUCAAGCAAUUGUAUCCACAAUUAGCUUCACGGAUGGCAUUGAUCAUAACACAUUGUGAAGAAUUAGGCGUUCAACAUGCUAAAAAGCAAAUCGAUGAAUUUUUUCGACAUAAAGAUGUUGUAAAACAUCAAUUAAAGGAUUAUUUUAGACGUGGAGUUUUAUAUAUGGGCUGUAUUAGACCCGAAUCAGCCGAUGCAAAUAAUAAACAAGCUUUGAUUAAUGAAUAUAAGAAUGUUUUAGGAAUGAGAACUGAUUUCAUCAAAAACUGUAUCGUUUAUCAACAUCGAUCUGAUAACCAAAUUCAUGAAAAUAAACAUGCAUUACACAUCGGAUCAUGGUUGGAUCGGGGAUGGCGAUUUUACAUUUUAUUCUGUCUGUUUAUAUUGGUGUUUAUAUUGGUAUUGCUAUAUGGGAUCCCCCUUUUAACAAAAGCAGCAACAACACAGAAUAAUGGUACAAUUGCUGAAGAGUCUGUUGAUCCACACAACACGACGAAAUUACAUACACUGUCAACAGAUCAGAAUCAGAUCCAAAUAAAACCAGAAAACCAACAGGCACAACAACAACAGCUUGCUGAUUCACACAACGCAACGCAAUUGUCUCCAUUAGAAGAUAAAACCACAAACAAUCAAAAAUAUGAUGAAACAGAACAAAAAGAAAAACUACCGAACAACGUUCAUACCCAAGCAAUAAUAAAAACGCAACAGCUUUUGAACGUAACAAAGGAAAUAAUCGCACAAAAUAGGAAGGCAAACGAACAGCUGAUGCAACAUUUCAAUCAAAUAACGGAAAUAAUCACACAAAAUCAGAAGGCAAACGAACAGCUGAUGCAACGUUUCAGUGACAUAACGGAAACAAUGGUAGCAAAUCACACGGCAAACGAACAGCUUAAGCAGUGUUCUCAUGAAGAAACCUAA